AUGGCGCAAGGAGGCGGUAUGGCAUGGACACUAGCUGAUAGCUAUGGUUCGUAUUAUACUAUCUGCCGUCAUUUGGCCGUCACUAUUACUGACCCAGUAUUCCCAACAGGCUUCAUUUCCACCUUCAUCCGGCAGACGCGACCGCAGAAGUCGAGAACGCAUCUGAAGGAUCAAUGGAGACCUCGACCGCCUCGUCGACAAUUUCACGACUAUUUCGUCACCCACCUGCCAUCCUCAUCAUUACACCCGGAUUCGAAAUCUGCCAGUGGUCUAGCCCACAAAUUCCCUCGCAAAGACUCUCAGCCCGUGCCGCAGUCCUCCAAAGUCUCGCCAGCGGCUCAUCCAUCCAUCAGCAGAGAAACCACGGUGGUGCGGAUACCGCUGAGAAGCGCUAAGCAUCACUUUGGUGUCUCGGUAUCCCGAGGGAGCAGGCCAUAUAAUGAGGACUCCCACCAGGCCGGCGUGAUCGAGCUUCCUGCUUUUGCAAAGAAGGCGCCACCAUCCAUCACAAAGAAUCCCAGGGCAUCUACGGGCGAGGGCACGGGUGGAGAGGGUGCCAACGGAGACCCCCAAGUCUUCUAUUUUGGCGUCUUUGAUGGUCAUGGUGGAGCCGAGUGUAGUGGUUACCUGCGCGAGCGUCUACACGAGUAUAUUGAAAAGUCAGCUGCCGAUUUUGAGAUGCAAUCAAGUUUGCAUGGAACAGACAACGGGAAAGUCAAACGAGCACCGGGCAAGUACGAGGGGGACACGGAAGACCUGAAGCGUAGCAAAGCAGCUUUAGACUCUAUCGAAACUACACAUGAGAACGAGAUAUCUACCACAAGACUGUCUAGUGACGACGGGAGGUCCAGAGGAGCCAAGGACGUCUAUCAUCCUCCAUAUCCAGGUGACCCACCACUGAUCCAAGCAGCAAACAAGGAGAAGAUCAAGUGUAUGGAGAAGUCUCUUGUCACGAGUUGGCGUGAACUUGUCGGCGGCUACUUUCGUCGGUUCAAGCCAGCGUACUUUUCGCUCUACAGUGGAUAUCAGGCUCUAGGGGAGGAGUCAGCUUCCUUGGGUGCCAGUGGCAAGGAAACGUCUGUUGGGGCUGCCAUUGAAGAGGUGGUGACCUAUGCUUUUCUCAAAAGUGAUUACGACUUUGUCUCCGCGCAGGCUCAUAAGCAAGGCGAGAGGCUUGACAUGACUCGUGCAGAGCGUCCAUUGAACAAUGACGAUAUUCUCGGAGAGCCUAGCCUAGUAGCUGGACAGAUUGGGGGUCCCAAACGCUUCACAGGAGGGAGCACCUGCAGCGUUGCCAUAGUGUCCACUCCAACGGCUACUCCUUUUUGGAACCCAGCUACUCCAUCCUCAAUGCUGGUAGCACAUGUUGGGGACACUAGAAUCAUUCUAUGUUCAACGGCAACCGGGGCUGGGAUACCGAUCACCACCAACCAUCACCCAUCCUCGCCUAUGGAGAGCGAUCGCCUUCGUCGCUAUGCAGCUACAUUUGUGACUGACUCUUUUGGCGAAGAGCGCAUAUCGGGGCUGGCAAAUACUCGAGCUUUUGGCGAUAUCGCGUCGAAACGUAUUGGUGUGAGUGCUGAACCAGAGAUCAAGCGUGUCGAACUUGGACCGGCCGAGUACUCAUUUCUUGUACUGAUCUCGGACGGAGUUAGCGGGACAAUCAACGACCAAGAAGUUGUUGAUAUCGUCAAGGAGGCCAAGACACCGGAGCAGGGCGCAAGAGACGUGGUCAGUUUUGCCACGGAAGUGUCAGCAGAGGGCGACAAUGCAACAUGUAUCGUGAUACGCCUGGGAGGAUGGGAGAGGAGACAGGAGGGUGGUGUAGGGAGCAUGGGCACGAAAGAGAGCAGGCAGUGGAAGAGGGAUUCUGCCAAUGAGUCGAGAGGAAGACGGCAAUGA